AUGGGUGUACCCAAGUUUUUCCGUUAUAUGAGUGAGCGCUAUCCUUGCCUCAGUGAGCUGGUUAAAGACUAUCAGAUCCCAGAGUUUGAUAAUCUGUACUUAGAUAUGAAUGGUAUUAUUCACAAUUGUUCGCAUCCAAAUGAUGAUGAUCCACAUUUUCGUAUAACAGAAGAGACCAUCGUUAAAAAUAUUUUCCACUAUUUGGAGGUAUUAUUCCAAAUGAUUCAACCACAAAAAUUGUUCUUCAUGGCUAUUGAUGGAGUUGCUCCUAGAGCAAAAAUGAAUCAACAACGUGGCCGACGUUUUCGAUCAGCCCAUACAGCAGCAGAACAAACGAAAGAAGCGAUUUCUCGAGGUGAAACUUUACCUUCAGAAGAACGCUUUGAUUCUAAUUGUAUUACACCAGGUACCCCAUUUAUGGUACGCUUGCAAAGUGAGCUUGAAUAUUUUGUUGCCGAUAAAAUGUCCAACGAUCCAUUAUGGACUAAGGUUCAGGUGAUAUUAUCUGGACAUCAGGUACCUGGUGAGGGUGAACAUAAAAUUAUGGAUUACAUUAGAUAUAUGAAGUCUCGCCCUGGAUAUAAUCCUCAUACAAGACAUUGUCUCUAUGGUUUGGAUGCAGAUUUAAUCAUGUUGGGACUGUGUACACAUGAACCGUACUUUUCAUUGCUCAGGGAAGAGGUUAAAUUUGGACGUAAAACUAAAAAAGAAACAUCCGUGGAUGAAACACAAUUUUAUCUUUUGCAUUUAUCAUUAAUGAGAGAUUAUCUUGGAUUAGAAUUUCAAGAACUCAAAGAGACUUUACCCUUUGAAUAUGAUUUGGAGUCUAUUAUUGAUGAUUGGGUGUUGAUGGGUUUUCUAGUUGGUAAUGAUUUUAUUCCACAUCUACCCGACCUUCAUAUCUCAAAAGGAGCCUUGCCAAUAUUAUACAGAGUUUAUAUGGAUAUUCUACCUAAAGUAGAAGGUUAUUUGAACGAACAAGGAACAUUAAACCUAAAACGGUUUCAAAAAUUUAUGGAAACUUUGGCUAAUUUUGAUUAUGAUCAAUUCCGAGAUACUUUUGCUGAUAUAAAAUUUUUAGAAGGGAAACGUACUGCAAAUACUACAACUUCUAAUAAAGUUAAUAAUGAUCCUGCAUACAAAGAUGAAUUAGCUGCAUUAAUUAAAGAUACAGAUAGAAUCCUAUUAAGUGAUGAUGAUGAUGAAGACGACUUUGAAGAAACUGAAGAUGAAUCCAUAAUGGCUGAAUUUAAUUUGCAUAAAGAAAAUUAUUAUAAAAACAAACUUGAUUACAAUGUUAUUACAGAUGAUGUUAUGCGUUCACAAGCUGAAGGAUAUAUCAGGGCGUUGCAAUGGAAUCUAAAUUAUUAUUAUAACGGUUGUUGCUCAUGGGCUUGGUACUAUCCACAUCAUUAUGCCCCAUAUAUAUCUGACAUUAAGGGUUUUGAAAAUCUUAAAAUAGAUUUUGACUUGGGUCAACCAUUUUUACCAUUUGAACAGCUGUUAGCAGUGUUGCCAUCACUUAGUAAAGAACUAUUACCUAAACCUUUUCAAGAUUUAAUGACUGAAGAAGCUAGUCCAAUAAGAUUAUAUUAUCCUGAAAAAUUUGAAACUGAUCUUAAUGGCAAACAACAUGAAUGGGAAGCUGUUGUACUAAUCCCUUUUAUUGAUGAAGAAACUUUAAUUAAGUCCAUGAAAAUGGUCGAACAUAAAUUAACAGCAGAUGAGAAAAAUAGAAAUACUCAUGGUCCGAUGCAUCUUUUCAAGUACUCAAAAAAAAUUCUUGGUACAGGUUCAAUUUCAAAAUAUUUUCCAUCAAUUGAAGAUAGUCAUGCCGAGAAAAUAGCUAUAUACCGUGAAGAUAUUUUUGUUGACAUAGGUGAUCUAGUUAAAGGUUUAUGUCCAGGCUUACAAAUGGAUGUUUAUCAUGUUGGGUUUCCAUCACUCCAUCUUAUUCCAAUUACAGCACAAUUACAAAGACGUAAUGUAAAAGUUUUUCAAUCACCUAGUUUGGGUGAAAAUAUGAUUAUAAAAAUUGAUAAUAAAGAUGAAAAUGAUAUUGAAAGUAUACAACACAUUGCUAAGGAAUUGCUUGGAAAUACACUAUAUGUCAAUUGGCCUCAUCUUGAAGAAAUUAAGGUUACAGCUGUUUCAAAUACAACAGUAAAAUUAUCAUUUAAUGAGGAUGAACAAUUGAUAAUACGAGAAAUGAGUGAAACAGAUGUACAAGAGUUUAAUCUGCUUGCCCAAGGCAUCGCUAAGAUGUUUAUUACAACACGUGGUAUUGAGAUUGGUAAGACUCAUGUAUUAUUGCGUGGUCAAACCUUAAAAGGAACCAAAUUUGUGCCAAGGCAAGAUGGAAGUGGAGUUGAUCUUACAAAAGUUUGGAAUGAAAUCCCGACAACAAUUGCUUAUCAAACAUCUGUGCCUGGCUUGGAAGUAAUUGAUCCUAGUUUAAAAGAAAGUUAUUUUUCUCUGGAAGAAUAUUUUCCUAUUGGAAGUAAAGUGUUUGUGCUUGAUGCUCCAUUUUAUGGUUGCCAAGCAGACGUACUUGGUGGUUUUAUAUCUUCAAGGGUUAAGAUUAAUAUAUUACUUGAACCAGAACCCUAUAUUUAUGAUUUGAAGGAGCGCCUUGAUUCUGUUUCUACGGAGCUUUUUUAUGCUAAUACUGCAGCAUCUAAACUCUCAAUCAAUUCACAUUUACUUGCUAAAAUUACUGGAACAAUAUUUUUAGCAAUUGAGACUUAUGAAGAUAGGAAUGAAAAAAAAAUGAAUAUUGGAAUGAACCUUAAAUCAAAUAAACGAAAUGAAGAAGUUGUUGGAUUUACAAAAAAAUUUGAUAAUGUUUGGAUGUAUUCACAAAAAACAAUAGAUUUGUUAGGUGAAUAUAUUCAAAGAUUUCCAGAGUUAAUAAAUGUUUUAUUAAGUACUGAAAGUUCCAAAGAUACUUUUAGCUCUGAAGAUAUGUUCCCAAAUCCAAGUACAAGAAAACAAAAAUUAGAAGAUUUAAAAAAAUGGCUCAGUGAAAUUCGUUCAUUAACUAAAGAUAAACAGACUUGUGGAUCAAUGGAACCAUCUAAAGUAGCUGCUGUAGAAAAAUAUAUGGAUGAAUUUAUCGCAGAAAACUUAAAACACAAAAAAACUGUGACAUUAAGUGUGAAAUCACAAAAUCUUUUUAAACCAAUAACUAAGUUAGACAAGUUAAAAGCUGACGAGGGAGCAGACACACGAGUAUUAGACCGUGUAGUAUGUAUUCGAUCUUCAUAUCAAGUUCCCCUUGGUUUCAAAGGCACAGUAGUCAGUAUUUCUAAAGCAAAUAUUGAUACUGAAGUUGUAUACAGUGUUAUAUUUGAUAAGGAAUUUCCAAAUUCUGUAUCAUUUGGGGGUUCUACUAACCGUGGGUAUAAAUUGUGUAGAAUGUCAUUCAUAAACUUGUCACACGCCAUACGCAAUGGGUUGUAUAAACCUUUAGCUGUAAAAAAGACAGUAAAUCAGACUCCUAAUUCAGAGAAACAGAAUACCCAACUGAGUAUAUGGGAACAUUUGCAGUCAAAUAGUAAUGGAUCAGAUAUCAAACUUAAAUGUCGGGAAGAAAAAAUCACAUUAGCUCCAAAAGAAUCAUGGCGACGUCAACAAAAAAAGGAAUCUCAAAGUCAAAACAAGGUUAAUAAAAUUCUCCAAACGCCUAAGGAAACACCUAAUGAUAGACAGCAUAUUAAUAAUAAUUCCAUCAAAAUACAGUUGAAUGCUGAAGCAUGUGAAUUUAAAACAAUAGCAUUAAAGAAAAUGUUGAAAAUCCAACCUGAAGAUAAUUUUGUUCCAACACAAAAUGAAAAUGAACCAGAAUAUUAUUCUAAUAAACCAGUAAACUAUUUACCAGAAACUUCACUUCAUGAAUUAAAAACAGUUGAACUUCAAUGUCCUAAUUACAGUACUAAUGAACAAGUAAAUGAAAAUGUAAUUCCGAAACUCAACAGCUCAAUGGAAAGCAUAGUUCAAGAAAAGUCUACUAUGGUUGUGGCAUUGGAAAAGUAUUAUAUACAGAAAGGUUAUAGUCUUCCUAAGUAUAGUUUUAUAAAUCUAGUAGAUGACAGUGGUUUUAAAAUGUAUUGUGCAGAAGUGAUUUUACCGAAUGGUGUUACAAUACGAGGAGAACCAAAACAUUCAUAUAUUGAGGCAUCUGAAGAAGUUGCUUCUCGUGCAUUGGUUAUUGUUCAACAAAUGGAUGGUAACAAAAAUAAUGAACACUCUACACAGAAUAAGCCUCCAAAAUCAGAUAGAAGAGUUGUGCCUCCUCAACAAGCAGCAUCAAAUGUGUUUAUGAAUUGGAUAACUUCUUUUCAGCCUCAACAAUUACAUCAGCUGCAACAACAACAACAACAACAACAACAACAACAACAACCGCAGCAGCAACAACCACCACAACCACAACAGCAACAUCAACAGCAGCAACCACAACAACAACAGCCAUAUUCACAAGUGCCCCAAUAUUUUGAGCAUUCCACACAACACUUCCGAACACCAUUUCAACAGUAUCCACCUGGAUUUUCUGUUCCUGCUCAACAGUCAUUUCAGAUACCAUAUCCACAACAAAUCUAUAGACAGCAGAAUCCUAUUGGUUUCCCACUUCAACAGCAACAGUUUCUCAACUAUCAGCAAGAAUUACAAUAUUCCAAAGCAGUACCAGUUUUCACGAGUUUGGUGAAUCCAUCACAAUUACCACAACCUCCUGUUCAUUGGCAACCCACCAACAGAAAUUUAUUAAAUAACGAAUAUGUAAUGAAUUCUAUCCCAAACACCUACCAUCAACCUCAACAAAAUAUGAGCUAUCAACAAUACAUGCCAACAACACCAAAUGAUAUGCCAAUGAAUGAACAGUACAUGUCAAGUAACAGAGUAAUGAUUCCAAGUCCUUCGAGUGCAUUUACAUCAGCAGCUAAUGACCAGUCCACAUCCAAUCGUAAAGUAAAAGUAGCUGCAAAUUUUAACUCUUCACAACAAUAA